CCAGUUAUUACAAUUUUCAAAGCAAACAACACAACCACACCACACAAAGCGACUCUCUCUGACACAGACACCCACACACUCGACUCAUCUUCAUCUCCGAAAUGAAGCAGCUCCAAAUCUCCAACAAUGCCGAUCCGCCGCUCGAGUCACACAGGCUCAGCGAGGAUCUCGACAGCUCCUGCUCCACUCCCUACGUCUCCGCUCCGUCGAGCCCCGGCCGCAACCCCUCCGGCUACUUCUUCAGCGCUCCGGCCAGCCCAAUGCACUACGUUCUCUCCUCCUCCAAGUCCUCCGCGACGUCGUUUCGCGACGAUAACACUACCGUACUCUCCUCCGAGAGCUCGUUCGAGUUCGAGUUUGAGAUCUCGUCGAGAUUCUCCCGCGAGGACGCCGACAAGUCCGCCGAGAAUAUCGGAUCCAUGACGUCAGCGGACGAGCUGUUUCUCAACGGCCAGAUCAGGCCGAUGAAGCUCUCGUCGCACCUGCAGCGGCCGCAGCACCUGGCGCCGCUGAUAGAUCUCGACGGCGACGACGAGGACGGCGGUGACGUCGGCACGGUGGAGAUUACGAGAGGGAGGGAUCUGAGGUCGAGGAACAGAUCGAUGCACCGGAAGGCGAGAUCGCUCUCGCCUUUCCGCGCUCACGAGUAUUCCCGCGAAAUUAUAAAAUUAAAGGAAGAUAAAUACGUAACCGAAGAGGCCGAGGCCGAUGGAGUGGAGGCGCCGUCUACCGAGACGACGCCUUCCGCCUCGGCCUCCUCUUCGAGGUCUUCGUCCUCGGGACGAAACUCGAAGAAGUGGAUUUUUCUAAAGGAUUUACUGUACAGGAGCAAGAGUGAAGGGAGAGGAAACGGUAAAGACAAAGAGAAAUUCUGGUCUAAUCUCUCCUUCUCCCAAUCCGCUAGAGAGAAGAAGCUCGUCUCAAUUUCUCCAUCACUCACGCCAUCAUCCUCUCGAGACGAGAAGGUCAAGAAGAAGCUUGCUUCGCCUUCGCUAACGCCAUCAUCCUCUCGAGACGAGAACGACAAAGCGAAGAAAAAGCUCGUUUCGCCUUCACUAACGCCAUCAUCCUCUCGAGACGAUAAGGAUAAACAAAAGAACUCCAAAGGGAAAAAACAGCCGGCGGCGAAAAAAUCGGGCGGAAAGCCGGCGAACGGAGUUUCGAAGCGGAGAGUGGCGUUAUCAGCUCACGAGCUGCAUUACACGGCGAACAGAGCGCAAGCGGAGGAGAUGAAGAAGAAGACCUCGUUGCCUUACAGGCAAGGUUUGUUUGGAUGCUUGAGUUUCAGCUCAAAAAGCUAUGGCGCUUUUAGUGUGUUUACUAGAACUUUAAAUCCUGUUUCAUCAAGGUAAAGAUAAUUUUGUAUAGCCUGAUAAAUAUAUCAAUGGUUGUUUGGCCUGUUAUUUAUCAAACAAUCUCUAUUAUCGUUUCUAGUUUGUUUAGUUUUGAUAACAUUUUGCUUCAUGAAUAGAUUAGCAAAGCCUGGGCAGUUUAGUUAUA